CAGAGUGAAUGUGGAUAACUGAAGGACUGACUGACGGGAAAGAUCUUCAGCGAAAAGUUUCAGAAAAACGUAAAAUGAGUAUGCUGGUCAUCUUUGGAGUCCUGGUGAUGUUCACUGGAGAUGCGAUGGGUUCGCUGUCCAUGAUCCCUGACUGCAGUUUUACUCAGAGUGAUCCAUGUUAUGGAGCUGUGGGACACCCACUGCACCUGCAGCUGCCAUUUGAGUAUGAAUUAAACCUAAGGAAGAAUGACAGUGCAACUCAUACUCUUAGUCGCAUUUUCAAAGUAAAACAUCAUAGAAUUACAAAAAUGCCUUCAGACGAUCAACGAUGGCAGUUUGUUAGUAAGAACAGAACAAUAAUAAUAAGCAGUGCAGAGAAAAGAGACUCAGGAAAAUACUUUUUAGAUACAUUUGAUUUCUCCGGCACAUCAAAAGGCAUGUAUGAUCUCCAGCUGGUUAUUGAAGAAAACUCUCCACCAACAAUCAACCUGCUGGAAUUUGGUCAAUCCAUAAUGUGUGUUAUUGAGGACUUUUACCCAAAGCCCCUCAGUAUCAAGUGGAAAAAGGAUGACCGUGAAGUCCGAGGCCGAGACUGGAAAACCACAGAAAAUGACUCGGGUUCUUACCGAGCGGUCAGCGUCCUCGAAGCAAAUCUGACGUCUUCAAGCCCAGGAAACAAGUACACCUGUGAAGUUACACACGGGGGCAGAACAUACGAGAAGAAUCUGUCACCUGCAGCUCAGUUCUCUCUGAAAAUCAAUCCACCACCAGCAAAGGAGCUGUUUAUAAACCAGAGAGCAGUACUGGAGUGUGUCUUAACUGGUGAUAAUCAGAAGGAGGUGGAAGGAGCAACAGUGUCAUGGACAGUUGGAGGUCGGAGCCCAGCAACUCGUGAUGUUCGUGUUGGUGGUGUUACACAGGCAGGAUCAGCAUUUACCAAAACUAGCACACUGACCCUUGAAGAGUCCGUCUGGUUUUCAGGUGAUGAAGUGAUUUGCUCCACUUCAGUGGACCAAAGAACAACCUCUGACAAAAUCAGUGUUAAAAGAGGAGCAAACUCUCCACCAACUAUCCGCCUGGUGGAAUUUGGCCAGUCCAUUAUGUGUAUCAUUGAGGACUUUUACCCAAAGUCCUUGAGGAUAAAAUGGAAAAAGGAUGACCGUGAAGUCCGAGGACGGGACUGGAAAACCACAGAAAAUGACUCGGGUUCUUACCGAGCGGUCAGUGUCCUCGAAGCAAAUCUGGGAUCUUCAAGCCCGGGAACCAAAUACACCUGUGAAGUCACACACAGGGGCAAAAAAUACUCAGAUAAUCUGUCAUCUAGAGUUCAGUCAUCUCUGAAAAUCAAUCCACCACCAGCAAAGGAGCUGUUUAUAAACCAGAGAGCAGUACUGGAGUGUGUCUUAACUGGUGAUAGUAGGAAGGAGGUGGAAGGAGCUACAGUGUCAUGGACAGCUGGAGGUCGGAGCCCAGCAACUCGUGAUGUUCGUGUUGGUGGUGUUACACAGGCAGGAUCAGCAUUUACCAAAACUAGCACACUGACCCUUGAAGAGUCCGUCUGGUUUUCAGGCACAGAAGUGAUUUGCUCCACUUCAGUGGACCAAAGAACAACCUCUGACAAAAUCAGUGUUAAAAGAGGAGGACAACGUCCCUCUAUUGUCAUUUACAAGCCGGAUAAGACUGUCAGUGACUCUGACUCGGUGUCCCUGGUUUGUGAGGUCAGCAGCUCUGAUUUGGCAAAUGUCUACGUCAUGUGGAAAGUGAACGGUGGUCAGUACAUAGAAGGCAACAGUAUGACCACCAUCAAAAAUGACAACACACUGAUUGUCCUCAGCUACUUAACCGUGACUGGACAGCAGUACAACAGUGCAGAAAUCACCUGUGCAGUCAAAGACGCCAACAUACAGAAUGACCUCCAGCCAAGAACGAGCUCACCAUCUAAGACAAACUCUCCACCAACUAUCCGCCUGGUGGAAUUUGGCCAGUCCAUUAUGUGUAUCAUUGAGGACUUUUACCCAAAGUCCUUGAGGAUAAAAUGGAAAAAGGAUGACCGUGAAGUCCGAGGACGGGACUGGAAAACCACAGAAAAUGACUCGGGUUCUUACCGAGCGGUCAGUGUCCUCGAAGCAAAUCUGGGAUCUUCAAGCCCGGGAACCAAAUACACCUGUGAAGUCACACACAGGGGCAAAAAAUACUCAGAUAAUCUGUCAUCUAGAGUUCAGUCAUCUCUGAAAAUCAAUCCACCACCAGCAAAGGAGCUGUUUAUAAACCAGAGAGCAGUACUGGAGUGUGUCUUAACUGGUGAUAGUAGGAAGGAGGUGGAAGGAGCUACAGUGUCAUGGACAGCUGGAGGUCGGAGCCCAGCAACUGGCGAUGUUCGUGUUGGUGGUGUUACACAGGCAGGAUCAGCAUUUACCAAAACUAGCACACUGACCCUUGAAGAGUCCGUCUGGUUUUCAGGCACAGAAGUGAUUUGCUCCACUUCAGUGGACCAAAGAACAACCUCUGACAAAAUCAGUGUUAAAAGAGGAGGACAACGUCCCUCUAUUGUCAUUUACAAGCCGGAUAAGACUGUCAGUGACUCUGACUCGGUGUCCCUGGUUUGUGAGGUCAGCAGCUCUGAUUUGGCAAAUGUCUACGUCAUGUGGAAAGUGAACGGUGGUCAGUACAUAGAAGGCAACAGUAUGACCACCAUCAAAAAUGACAACACACUGAUUGUCCUCAGCUACUUAACCGUGACUGGACAGCAGUACAACAGUGCAGAAAUCACCUGUGCAGUCAAAGACGCCAACAUACAGAAUGACCUCCAGCCAAGAACGAGCUCACCAUCUAAGACAAACUCUCCACCAACUAUCCGCCUGGUGGAAUUUGGCCAGUCCAUUAUGUGUAUCAUUGAGGACUUUUACCCAAAGUCCUUGAGGAUAAAAUGGAAAAAGGAUGACCGUGAAGUCCGAGGACGGGACUGGAAAACCACAGAAAAUGACUCGGGUUCUUACCGAGCGGUCAGUGUCCUCGAAGCAAAUCUGGGAUCUUCAAGCCCGGGAACCAAAUACACCUGUGAAGUCACACACAGGGGCAAAAAAUACUCAGAUAAUCUGUCAUCUAGAGUUCAGUCAUCUCUGAAAAUCAAUCCACCACCAGCAAAGGAGCUGUUUAUAAACCAGAGAGCAGUACUGGAGUGUGUCUUAACUGGUGAUAGUAGGAAGGAGGUGGAAGGAGCUACAGUGUCAUGGACAGCUGGAGGUCGGAGCCCAGCAACUCGUGAUGUUCGUGUUGGUGGUGUUACACAGGCAGGAUCAGCAUUUACCAAAACUAGCACACUGACCCUUGAAGAGUCCGUCUGGUUUUCAGGCGCAGAAGUGAUUUGCUCCACCUCAAGAACUUCUGAGAGAAUCAGUGUUAAAAGAGGAGGACAACGUCCCUCUAUUGUCAUUUACAAGCCAGAUAAGCCUGUCAGUGACUCUGACUCGGUGUCCCUGGUUUGUGAGGUCAGCAGCUCUGAUCUGGCAAAUGUCUACGUCAUGUGGAAAGUGAACAGUGGUCAGUACAUAGAAGGCAACAGUAUGACCACCAUCAAAAAUGACAACACACUGAUUGUCCUCAGCUACUUAAGCGUGACUGGAAAGCAGUACAACAGUGCAGAAAUCACCUGUGCAGUCAAAGACGCCAACAUACAGAAUGACUUCCAGCCGAGAACGAGCUCACCAUCUAUCAGUAAAGUCAACUGUCCUAUAUGUCCUGUGUCAGAUUGGCGCUGAAUGUCCUCUCAGACUGAGAUCUUCAGGAAGCAUCACUGCAGCUGUAUCUGGCUGAUUGAGAUGCUUCCUCUAGUUCACCUGAAAGGCCUGAGAUGUUGUAUAUUGUCUUAUAAUCAAAUGACUAUGAUGCAGUACUGAAAAUCAUAUUGUAAAGUCUGUCCUCACACUUUGCACACUGGCCUCUGCCUGUUUCAGUGUGUUCUGAGUCUUGGACGGACGUUGUUUGGUCUUUUGCUUUCUCUGUUUUUGUUUAUUGUUAUGUGUUCACAUAUUGGUAAAGCAUUUUACAUUAAAUUUGAUUCAAUUUUCAAGUGUUUA